AUGCCUCCCCUCCCCUCCCUACCCCUCAAUCUCCGCCCCCAAAAACUUCUCCAAACCCUCCUCAUCAGCAUUCUCUACCUCCUCACCAUAAUACUCACCCUCUUCAGCGUCCUCGUCAUCGCCUCCACCUGGACUUUUUUCAUGCUAGAUUAUAGUUUUGAGAAUCUUUCCGUGACGGUACUUUCUGGGAUUGCGGAGUUUGUAUUGAGCACAGCUGAUAGGUUAUGCGAUUUUGUGGGGUUGGAGAUGACGGAUGAGGGGUUUUAUUAUUUUGGGAGGGAGGAGGAGGAGGAGGAGGAGGGAUGGUGA